AUGGAUCGCUACCCGAUCCCUUCACAACAUCAUCUAGAGUUCGUCAAGGAUGCGUCGCUGCCCCGAACCUCUUCAACGUGGUCUCAUCACAUCAGAAACAAGGCUGUAUACGCCAGAGCCGGUGAUCCCGUACCGCUGUCGACCACCAUCAAGAGAAGAAGACUACAACUCUUUGGACAUGUCUCUCGCCUUGGAGAUGACAUUCCUGCCAAAGCAAUCGUCGCCGAGGCCACCCUCCGUCCGCAAAACGACUGGAAGCGCCCCCGCGGCCGUCCGAGGCUUUCCUGGCUGAAACAAGUCUCCGAGGACCGUCCACUGCCCGAGCUUAUCCGCAAGGCCCAGGACAGAGCCACCUUCAGGAUGCUGGUCGCCACGGUCACCGAAUGGCCACGCGAACACAAGUACAAGUCCAAGGUUUGUUUUGUGCUGCUGCUGCUGCUGAGAGUGAUGCUCUGUCUGCUUCACUGGUCCCUGAAGCCUGCUGGUUCAGCUCUCAAGCGUCCACAUGCUGAAGCAGCUGCAGACAUGAGUUGUCUCGGUGUACUGAGCACCCUCACUGUUCUGACCUUGUCCCUGUGGGAGGAGUCCGGCUGUGGAGCGAUGACACUGAACUCUGUCGUCCUCCGUCACGCGUCUGGACCGGGAGUCGGGGGAGAGAAGAGGGGGGCGGCGGUCCACUACCCACUGAGGAGGAGAAGGAGCUGGGUGUGGAACCAGUUCUUCGUCUUGGAGGAAUACACCGGAGAUGAACCGCUCUACGUUGGAAAGCUCCACUCCGACAUGGACAAAGGCGACGGCCAGGUGAGGUACGUCCUGAGCGGUGAUGGAGCGAUGUCCAUCUUCUCCAUCGAUGAGGACACGGGAGACAUCCACGCCACGAAGAGGCUGGACCGGGAGCAGCAGGCGUACUACACCCUCAGAGCUCAGGCUCGAGACCGAAAGACCAACCUGCCUGUGGAACCCGAGUCCCAGUUCAUCAUCAAAGUCCAGGACAUCAACGAUAAUGAGCCCAAAUUCCUGGAUGGGCCGUACACUGCCCGGGUGGCUGAGAGGUCUCCCGUAGGCACAUCUGUGGUAACAGUGGUGGCAACAGACGCUGAUGAUCCAACCUAUGGACACUCAGCCAGAGUGGUUUACAGCAUCCUGCAGGGUCAGCCAUACUUCUCUGUGGAACCAAAAACAGGUGUGGUGCGGACAGCCCUGCCGGACAUGGACCGGGAGGUCCGUGACCGUUACUUGCUGGUCAUUCAGGCCAAAGAUAUGAUUGGUCAGAUGGGGGGUUUGUCAGGAACCACAACUGUCACCGUGACGCUGACUGAUGUCAAUGACAACCCACCUCGCUUUCCUCGCAAGAGCUACCAGUUCAGCGUUCCAGAAUCUGUCCUGCCUUCUGCCGUUGUUGCUAAGAUCAGAGCUGUGGACUUGGAUAUUGGUCAAAAUGCUGAGAUGGACUACAGAAUCCUGGACGGAGACGGACUGGGAACCUUCAGAAUCCUCACAAAUCCAGAUACACAGGAAGGGCUGGUCACACUGUACAAGAUGCUGGAUUAUGAAAUCAAGUCCAGCUAUACUUUACGUAUUGAGGCGUCCAAUCGGUAUGUGGACACUCGUUUUCUGUCUUCGGGUCCAUUCAGCGACGUGACCACAGUUCGGCUGCUCGUGGAGAAUGUGAACGAGCCUCCAGUUUUCUCCACCUCUGUCAGUAAAAUGGUGGUUUCUGAGGCGGUUAAGGUGGGAACUGAUGUGGGUUCAGUUUCAGCUCACGACCCCGAUGCCACCAAAAGUCCUAUCAGGUACUCCAUAGACAGGCAGACAGACAUAGAGCGCUACUUUGACAUUGACAGCAGUUCAGGCGUGAUCAGGACAAACAAGCAUCUGGACAGAGAGAUCAGGGCUUCACACAACAUCACCAUUGUUGCCACGGAGAGCUUGGAUCCAUCUCAGGUGGGGAAAGCCGUGGUUGUGGUCUCUGUGACGGACAUCAAUGACAACGCUCCGAAGUUCGCCAUUGAGUACCAGCCGUUCGUCUGUGAGGAAGUUCAGCCUGGACAGAUCAUUGAGACUUUGAGUGCAGUGGACCUGGAUGAGCCAGAGAAGGGACAUCGCUUCCUCUUCUCGUUGACCACAGAGGGCAUUAGGAACCAAAGCUUCUUCUUGAGAGACAACAACGACAACACGGCAUCUGUCCUGACGAGACGAGGAGGCUUCCUGCAGAGGGAACAGUCACUUCAUUUCCUGCCAGUGGUGAUUUCAGACAGCGGCAGUCCGCCUCUCAGCAGCACCAACACACUGACCAUCUCCGUCUGCACCUGCGACCUACAUGGAGGCCAGCGCCAGUGCAGCCAGGGGGCAUUGCUACUGCUUCCAGAUGGCUUCAGUACCACUGUGGCCAUCCUCCUGACCAGUGUGCUUACACUGCUGGGUGUUGCCAUGGUGAUAUUUGCGAUCAAACAUAGGAGACCGGAGCCUCUGCUGAUGGAUGAUGAACGAGACAUUCGUGAAAACAUUGUCCGUUAUGAUGAUGAGGGGGGAGGAGAGGAGGACACGGAAGCCUUUGACAUGUUUGCCCUGAGACACCCGCAUCAAACCCAACUCGUGAGCAGAGACACGUCAGCUGAGCUGCCACCCAUACCGAUGCCGCUGCCGCUGUCGCUUCCGCCUCCAUUCCUUUCCGAAACACCAGCGUCCAGGGCAGACAAGAACAAGCUGUUCCAGGAGUUCAUCAGGGACAGACUCCAGGAGGCAGAUGUGGACUUAACGGCACCCCCCUAUGACUCACUGCAGACUUACGCCUUUGAGGGCAAUGGGUCGGCUGCUCAGUCGCUCAGCUCAUUAGACUCAUUAAACUCAUUAGAAUCUGAACAGAACUAUGACUUCCUGAGAGAAUGGGGGCCAAGGUUCAGAAAGCUGGCAGACCUCUACGAGCACCAAGAAGGAGGGGGGGUUGUCUCCUAG